AUGGAAAACAUAAAUUCAAUUUAAAAAUAAGCCAAGGACCCUGAAGAUUUGAGGAAAAAAUAAAUCGAGGAGUUUCUUUCAUUUGAAUAUUUUUACAAUGGCUUAAAUAAGUUAGACACUGAUGGAGUUUAAGUGUUUUCUAAGAUUAUUGAUUGUUUGAAUAAGGAUAUCAUUAAAUUUAAAGAAUUAGUUUAAUUUAUACAAGCAAAACGCUGCAUUCCAGAUUAGGCAAGAGGAGUUGUAUGGAGAAUUUUAUUGAACUACUUGCCAGAAAACAGAAAAUAGUGGAUCAAUAUUAUUGAAAAUAAUUCAAAACACUAUGAAUAGCUAGUAAAUGAUUAUAUUGUAAGCAAGAAUAAGAAAAAGAGCGAAAGAAACGAUUCAAACACAGACAUUUUAAGCGAAAAUGACCAAAAUAACAUAGGUAUUCCUAACAGAUCUAGUGUAGAUAGCAAAAUUUAGGAUAAAGAAGAAAUUAAUAAAUAAAAGAUGAGCAAAAGCACAAAUUUAUUUGAUAAUGCACCAACUAUUACCUUAAAGAAUCCUUUGUUGAAAAAUGGAGGAGACUCAAAAAAGAAAUUAGAAAUUAUCGAAAACUGUGUUGACCAUCCUUUAAACAGAAAGCAAACAAGCUCGUGGAAUACUUAUUUCAAAGAUUUAGAAAUUUGGGAUUUAAUAGAAAAGGAUACAAAAAGAACUAGAGCAGAAUUUUACUUAUAAAAGAAUGAGUAAAUACGCUUGUACAACGGAUAGGUUGCUAAGCUCUUUAGGAAGUAAAACAUGGCAUCAUUAUAAAAGCCAAUAUCACAAAAUAACAUUUAGCUGUAAAAAACUUAAUUAUAAAAUGAUAAUUCUAAAACUUAAGCAAAGCAAGAAGAUAAUAUAGAAUUUGAAGAAUACAGAUACGAUGUUAUUACUCGUAUUCUUUUCCUUUAUUAUAAGAUAACACCAGAAGAUGCCAAAGUGAAAUAUGUAUAAGGAAUGAAUGAAAUCAUUGGAUUAAUUUAUUAGUGUUUUAGCUAGGACAAUUCGCCCUAUUUAAGGUCUAAAGCUGAAAGUGAUGCAUUUUACUGUUUCUGCAUUGUAAUGACUAAAAUAAAGGCUAUGUUUAAUUUUAAUAAAAUGGAGAAUGAAUCUUCCACAAUUAAAACAAACUCAUCUAAAUAGCUUGACUCAUAUAAAAUAUAUAUUGAUGCUUUCGUCGAGAUGUUUAAAAAAGUAGACGUCUAACUAUUCAAUUACUUGGCUUAAAUUAAUGUAGAUCCGAGAUUGUGCUGUCUGAAUUGGAUGAUAGGAUUCUUUUGUUAAAGCUUUGACUCGUAGAAAGCUAUGCAAGUAUGGGAUUGCCUUUUUAUCUCUAAUGAUAUUGUUGAAUUUAUCCCUUUUAUUUGUACUUCUAUCCUAAUUAUAAAUAGAGAUGAACUCAUAGAUAAAUAACAUUCAGAAAUAUUAAUGAAAUUGUAAAAUAUAUAAGAUAUAAAUUUAGACAAGCUAAUGAAAAUGGCUUUUAAUUUGUAUAACGAAUAUUCUCAAAAGAUUAGCUUCGUCAGAUGA